UUUCUGUAAAACUUCUCUGCCUUUUGCACCUCCUCUUUGUCCCUUGUUUGGUUUAAAUUUGCCAGUUGUAUCGGUGUAUAUAGCCAUAGGUAUCCUCUCUGUCUCUGUCUCUGUCUCUGUCUCUGGUUCUGUCUCCAUCACUAUUGCUACAUCUCCUCCUCUUCAGAUUUCAUUGUUGAGAUCUCGGUUUGUUGAGUUUGAUUCGGUGAGUUCGCGAGAAUGUCGAAAGCUGGCGCGUUGGAUCUCGCAUCGGGAGUCGGUGGAAAGAUCGAUAAAAACGAUGUUCUCUCUGCUGUUGAAAAGUAUGAGAAGUAUCAUAUUUAUUAUGGAGGUGAAGAGGAAGAGAGAAAAGCCAACUAUACUGACAUGGUUAAUAAAUACUAUGAUCUUGUUACAAGCUUUUAUGAGUUUGGUUGGGGAGAGUCAUUUCAUUUUGCACACAGAUGGAAAGGGGAGUCUCUUCGAGAGAGUAUCAAACGACAUGAGCACUUUCUUGCCUUACAACUCGGCCUAAAAUGUGGACAGAAGGUGUUAGAUGUUGGAUGUGGAAUUGGUGGACCACUGAGAGAAAUUGCAAAGUUCAGCUUCACAUCAAUUACCGGGGUGAACAACAAUGAGUAUCAGAUAGCAAGAGGAAAGGAACUAAAUCGCAUUGCAGGAGUGGACAAGACAUGCGAUUUUGUGAAGGCUGACUUCAUGAAGAUGCCAUUUCCCGAUAACAGUUUUGAUGCAGUUUAUGCAAUUGAAGCUACCUGCCAUGCACCAGAUGCUCAUGGAUGCUACAAAGAGAUUUAUAGAGUAUUAAAGCCUGGGCAAUGUUUUGCUGCAUAUGAGUGGUGCAUGACUAAUUCUUUUGAUCCCCAGAAUCAAGAACAUCAAAAGAUUAAGGCAGAAAUCGAGAUAGGUGAUGGCCUUCCAGACAUCAGGUUGAUUGGACAAUGCCUUGAAGCUCUGAAACAAGUUGGCUUUGAAAUCAUAUGGGAGAAAGAUCUUGCUGCAAGUUCACCUGUCCCAUGGUACUUACCUUUAGACAAAAGCCGCCUAUCACUAAGUAGCUUCCGGCUAACAGCCGUUGGACGGUUCAUUACCAAAAACAUGGUCAAGGGCCUAGAGUUCGUGGGACUUGCCCCUAAGGGAAGCCAAAGAGUUCAAGACUUUUUGGAGAAGGCUGCAGAAGGAUUGGUUGAAGGUGGAAGGAAAGAGAUUUUCACUCCGAUGUAUUUCUUCCUGGCUCGCAAACCGGAAAACCAGUGAUUAGAGUGCUUGAGUAGAGACAUUUUAGAAAUGGUGAACUGACAAUCUAGGAAACUUCUAGUUCUGUCUUCUCUUUUUUUAUUUCUUCCCUUGUCUACAGCCGGUUAAGUAUUUCAUUUUCGCCUUCGAGGCUUUGUGUUCAUUCAGCUUUAAUCUUAUGUUGCUACUUGUUCAGGUUUUGACGUCAUUUCCAGUUUCUCAUUUAGAUCUUUUGAUGUGGGUUUUGCC